AUGGUUAACUUUCAAGCUGUCCAACAAACCGUCGCUGAUGGCAAUCUAGGAAAAUUCUUAAGUCUUGUCGAUCAACUUCCAGAUAUCAAUGCAUCGGAUGAGCAUGGAAAUACUCUUCUCCAUUGGGCAGUCGCUUAUAAACGCCUCCAAGUUGCUCAAGAAUUAAUUGAAAAGAAGAAGAUCGAUACAACCAAGCAAAAUAUUCAGAAAAAGACAGCCUUUGACCUUUGUGUUGAUGCUUGCGUUUCGGAUAUUUCAUUCUUUGAGAUGAAGACUUAUUUGAAGAAGAUUUUGGGUAAAUAA